AUGAGUUCUGAUGAUGAGCUUCGAAUGUAUAUGGAACAGGCGGAUGUAAUACAAGAACAAAUAAGAAACGCUACGGAUGACAGGGAAAGAGAAGAGCUCGAAGAAGCUAAACGAGACUUAGAGGAACUCAUUGCUCUUCUUAACGAGAAUGUAGAAGAAACUACGGCAGAUACACCUUCGGAAGAGAAUGAAACGGUGCAAGAAGAAUUAGACAUUGACUAUGAUGAAUUAGUCGGGUUGAGAGUAUCUGCAGCACCUAAAAGAUUUGACUUGCCCAUAUCGCAUCAUGCUGCCAUUGUUCUAGAAGUAUUGCCUGGAAAAUCAACUGAUGAUUUGAUGGCCAAAGUACUCUUUAGUGCACCUUUGCUAGCUGCGAUGAAGCCGUGUCCCCAUUUUUUAUCAGGAACGUGUAAAUUCAAUGAAAAGUGCAGAUUCAGUCAUGGAGAACUUGUUUCAAUGCAAGAUUUCGAAGACUAUCAAGAGCCUGAUUACAGUAAUUUGCAAGAUGGUUCUUUGGUUUUGGUCAGUAUUGAAGGAGGUUUAUGGGAUAUUGGGCGAGUUCAAAGAAAAGAAAUAGGAACGACGAUAGAGAAAAUCAUUCCGCUUGAUGCGGAGAUAGAAGUUCAAGAAGAGAGAGAAAAAAUCGUUGAGCACCAUAAUACUUCUUGGUCAGAACUCAAAGGACAAACCUGCGGAAAUGUCAAAGUAGGAGAGUUAGGAAAUUGGACGGGUGGUGGACUUGGGUUGAAGCUUAUGCAAAAAAUGGGAUACAAAAUAGGAGAAGGUCUUGGAAAAAAUAGUGAUGGGAUUGUUCAUGCAGUACAAGCGGUGGUUUAUAAGAAACAAAAAGGAUUGGAUACAAAAGCUGAUGGGAAACCUGCUGAUAAAAAUGAAUCUACUAAGAAGAGAGUGAAAAAAGCAUUGGAACAGAAAAGCAUUGGGUUCGAUUGCGACAUUUUCCAAUUCUUGAACAGAAAACUACAAAAUGAUGAAGCAAAUGAUACCGCCAAAUUGAUGAAGGAAGAGCAACAAGAAAUGAAUAAAUGUACAGAAAAAGAAAUUGGUAUACGGGGACUGGAUAUCGAGUCGGAAAUAAAAGAAUUGAGAAGCAAAGAAAAAAAACUACGAGAAGUAAGAAAAACUGGGAAAUAA